AUGAAAUCAAGAAUCGCCGUGCUGCUGUUACUAUGCAUCACUCUCUACCUAAUCAGCAUUCAACGCAUAAACAUUUCCCCAUUGCUGAAAACCGAAUCACAAACACAAAUUCCGAGUCCGGCAGCGUAUCCACCCAGUCCCACUAAUCUGACCCACCUGCUCUUCGGGAUACUGGGGUCGGAAAAGGCGUCGCGCCACCGCAGGGCCUACACAGAGUCCUGGUGGCGGCCUGGUGCCACCCGAGGCGCUCUCUUCCUUGACAAACCACCCCCGUCGGGUGCAUUGAGUCUCCCGCCUUACAGAGUCUCGGAUGACCUCAGCGGGCUGCUCAACAAGCGCGAUCUCCGGGCCCAGAGGAUGGUGCACGGGAUCCUCGAGCUCAUAAGGGAUUUUGCAAUUGAGGAAUUCAGGUGGGUGGUGAUGGGAGACGACGACUCCAUUUUUUUCUUGGAUAAUAUAGUGGAGGUGGUGGCGAGGCUCGAUCACACCAGAUAUUUCUACCUUGGGGGGCAGUCGGAGUUUUUAAUGUCGAGUUAUGUCUUCUCUUUCGACGAGGCGUUUGGUGGAGCCGGGAUCAUCUUGAGUUAUCCCCUGGCCAAAGCUUUGGCUGCGGAUAUGGCUGGCUGUCUCACAAGAUAUGCAUUCUUGAAUUCUUCUGAUAAUACUACUAAAAACUGUGUUGCUGAUAUCGGUGUCAAUCUCUCUCCCCAAAUGGGGAGUCACCAGAUUGAUUUACAAGGCGAUAUAUCCGGUCUCCUAUCAGCACACCCGCUUUCCCCGUUACUCUCGCUCCACCAUUUCGACGUCGUGGAUCCAAUAUUUCCGUCCAAGAACCGUUUGGAAUCGACGCGCCACCUCAUGAAGGCAGCGGCGACGGACCAGUCAAGGAUGCUGCAGCAAAGCAUAUGCCACGAGAGGCAAAGGAAGUGGACCAUCUCGAUUGCGUGGGGAUAUUCAGCACAAAUAUACGAAACAAUCUACCCGCGCAGCUACCUGCAGAUGCCCCUGGAGACAUUCAGGCCGUGGUAUAAGCGCCGAGACGUAAACCCGGAGCCCCCUUACUACAGGCUGAACACGCGGCCCCUCUCCAGAGACCCUUGCGAAGCCCCACACAGUUUCUUUCUGGAGGAGGUGGUUCAGAAUGAGCGCGGUGAAGUGAUCACUACGUAUGCUCGAGCGCGGCCUCGCCAACUGCCGCCCUGUAAUUCCUCUCAUUCAGCAGAUGCUAUCAACCGUAUUAAACUACACUCACCUGCCACUAAGCGAUAUCAGAUGGAUAGAUGUGAGUGUUGUGACAUCAUUGGAAUGGACAAUCAUAUGGCGGAAGUCAGGCUCAGGGAAUGCAUGCUCGGUGAAAUCAUUGCUUAA